AUGUUACGAAAUCGCAGUCCUGUCACGGCACCGACGGCAGCACCAACAGUUUCCAAUCCAAAGUCUUCUUCACUGAACGCGAACACAGCGGCAGCAUAUGCGGCAGGCAUUAGCGCCGCUAAUGCUAAUAACGUCGAUGAUAGGCAAAGUGGCAGUGCUGGUGCUGCUGGUGCUGGUGGAAGCAAAACGGGUGGCGGCAAUUGCGAACUGUCGUCCACUGGUGCAACAUCGAAUGCCGCCAACAGUUCAACAGCGACGACGAACCUGGUGACAUCGCCGCAGCACAAGCCAACUCAUCGUCGAGGCUUCAGCCAUGGCUCCUACUCCUCAAUGAGCGCAUCAGCAGCAGCAGCAGCCGCCGCCGCCGGCAGUCCGAACAUUCUGCUGGUCAACUCGCCACUCGGAUACGUCGGCACGCUGGGCCGAANGGUGACAUCGCCGCAGCACAAGCCAACUCAUCGUCGAGGCUUCAGCCAUGGCUCCUACUCCUCAAUGAGCGCAUCAGCAGCAGCAGCAGCCGCCGCCGCCGCCGGCAGUCCGAACAUUCUGCUGGUCAACUCGCCACUCGGAUACGUCGGCACGCUGGGCCGAGCAGGCAUGGGCAACAACUCGCUGGAGGUGCAGCUGAAUCAACACCACGCGAACCACUACUCGGCCAAUUACCUGAACCACCUGAGCGGCAACAAGGAGUACGGCGGUAGUCCGCUCUCGGCGGAGCAGCAGAUGAUGAUGAAGACCGCCGCAGCCGCUAGUUCGAAUGAGGCGCUCUCCAGCGACGACAAUGUCGCCCCGCUGCACGCCGUUUCCGCCAACGCCUCACACAUCGCCGCCAACUAUGCGGCUGGAGGCAGUAGUUCCGGUACUCACUCCCAUCAUCACCACUACAACAGCAGCAGCAACAACAAUACGCCCAGCGAGGAGACGAAGCGGGCCAUUGCCCAGUACGAGCAGAAGAUUCGCCGCACCAAGGAGCUGAUCAAGGAGGAGCAGAUGCGCUGCAAUGAGAACGUCAACGAGUACCUGAAGCUGUCGGCGAAUGCCGAGCUCAGCCAGGGGAGCGANGAGCAGAAGAUUCGCCGCACCAAGGAGCUGAUCAAGGAGGAGCAGAUGCGCUGCAAUGAGAACGUCAACGAGUACCUGAAGCUGUCGGCGAAUGCCGAGCUCAGCCAGGGCCAGCGCAUCAAGUCGGUCUUUGAGAAGAACAACCAGAAGUCGGCGCAGAGGAUAUCAAAGUACCAGAAGAAGCUGAAGCGAUAUGACCAGUGCAUCAAGGACAUCAAGGAACGGGGCAUCUACUACCGCCACACCAGGGAGCGGCUGCGCGAUCUGGGCACCAACGUGAAGGAGGGCAUCAGCGGCCUCUCCGGUGGCGUCAUCGAGGGCAUUAAAUCGGGCAUUCACACUGCAGGAGAGACUGUGAUCGUCAAACCAAAGGAAUUUUUUAAGCGGAACACCACUGACAGUUCAAAUGACAAAAAUAACUCCCUUGACCACGAUCAAAACCACAUGGGCAACGCGCAAAACUCCGCCGACCAGGGUGGCGGCGAUCAGCAGGGCGGCAACUCGGGUGGUGGACUGAUCAACUCGAAUAGUCACACGCAUAGUCACAGCACCAAGUGUACCUCGGACGAUGAAAGCUCAAGUAUUACCUCGGGGUCUGGUCAGCUGGGCGCCACCAGCCACAACAACAGCAUCCACCACAGCAAUAGUCCACUGCGGGUGAAACCGGUGCGGCCGGGCAACAAGCUGACGGCCUUUGACUCGAUCACGCCCACGACGCAUCACACGCCGGUGGAGUUCUACACCGUCGCGGAGAUGGACCAGCUGCGGCAGGCCAUUGACGAGCGAGGACAAGAGUGCGGCAGACUGAACAAUGAGAUCACGUUGCUGAAGACGCAGUUUCAGACCGACUGCUCACUGAUCAGUCAGUCGCUGCAGGAUGAAAAGUAUCGGGUGGAGCGCCUUGAGGAGCAACUGAAUGACCUCACCGAGUUGCAUCAAAAGGAGAUUGAAAAUCUCAAGCAAACAAUCACCGAUCUCGAGGAGAAGAUUCAGUAUCAGACUGAAGAGCGACAUCGAGAUGUGCACGAAAUGCUGGAAAGCUUCCAGACUCGGCACUUGACAACNGUGGUGUACUUUGAACUUUCAGAAUGCGCAUCUUCACAAGUGCAAUCGUCAUAA